AUGUCAACGUACUCUCACGAUGACGAGCACGAUCCUCAGGCGGACGAGCUCCGGGAGACCGCGCUGGUCACGCUGGAAACCCUUAUCAGCGCUUGCGGUCCCCAAAUGCAGCCCUACAUGCCUUACGCCAUUAACGCCGCCCUACGUUACCUCAAGUACGAUCCCAAUGUCGCCGAGAUUGAAGACGAAGAAAUGAGUGGUACUCAAGACGACGGCUCCGAGGAUGACGUAACGGAGGAUCCGGAUCUGGAUGAUGAUGAAUUCGAAGACUUCGAGGAAGAAGGAGGAUACAGUGAUAUCGACGAUAUGAGUUGGAAAGUUCGCCGAUGUGCAGCCAAGUUGCUGUACAGUGUGAUCUCCACCUAUGGACAUAGCCGUGCGCUAGACGAGGCUUCCUUGUAUCAACAAAUCUCGCCCGCCCUCAUCGCCCGAUUCAAUAAAGAGAGAGAGGAAAGUGUGAAGCUCGAAGUGGUUUCAACCAUGACUGCUCUCAUCCGUAAGACUGGGGAAGGCUCCAUGAUCAUCACAUCCAAUGGCUUCCUUGAGGCUGUGGGUGGCUCAAAGAAUUCCAGGAAGCGUAGACGGCAGGAUAGCGAUGCAAGCAUGAUUGACUUCGAGCCAGGUAUUGGCACAUCCUCUGCUGCCAGCACGCCCAUUGUCACCCCUACUCCGCCCAAGUCCGGUGCGCAGGCAGAAUUAGCCCGCUCUGUACCAACAAUCGUACAGAGCACCGUUAAGAUGUGGAAACAAGCUUCGGUGCCUCUGAAGCAAGCAAUCAUUGUCCUACUCAAGAGCCUGGCUCUCGUUCGCUACGGUGGCCUGGCUGAUCAUCUCCAGCAGAUCGAAGAUCCUAUAGCUGAUGUUCUCAAGUCCUCCGUCUCAAGCAGCUCCUCCGCCUCGGUCGGGGCUUCUGCUAGCACUGGAACUCUUCAGACUGAAACACUGGGUCUCAUCUCUGCCAUUGCCGAAACCCACAUGUCGGAUGCUCUUCUGCCUUUCUUGAUUGCUCUGAUUCCUGGUGUGAUUGGUGCUGUCAACGACCGGAAUUACAAGGUCAGCAGUGAAGCACUGGGCGCCGUUGAGCAGAUUGUGAAAGCCCUUACGCCCCCUCGAGUGGCUAGUACCUCCCAGGACCUUGCAGCUCAGCUGGAAAGGCUUUACGACGUGGUCCUCGCACGCAUCACUGACACAAGUGCCGACCUGGAGGUCCGUCAACGGGCUAUUCAUGUCUUCGGCGUUCUCCUAGCGCGUACCUCUGGAGAGACUGGCUCGACAUUUGUGUCACUCGACCGUCGUGCGAAAGGUCUCUCGGUCUUGGUCGAUCGCCUGCGAAAUGAAACAACACGCCUUGCAGCAGUUCGUGCAGUCGACGAUGUUGCUGUUCUCUGCCUCCGUAACGCAGACGUCAGUGCAUCAUGGGUCAGCGAAGUCACGGCAGAGCUUGGCGGACAGCUUCGAAAAUCAGAUCGCGUUCUCCGGGGAGCUAGCUUGGAAGCUCUGCGUAGCCUUGCCAUGAAUCCUAACACAAAGAACCACUAUGAGGCCAACACAAUGAAGGAGCUGCAGGACUGCCUUCUGCCACUGAUCAGUGCGGAGGACUUCCAUUUCCUUGCUCCUUCGCUUAUUAUUCUUGCAAAACUUAUCCCUGGUCACGCUCAGCUGUUGGUCAACGACAGUCUGGUUUCUGCGCUUUGCUCAGUUGUCCUUUCCCCUCUUGUCGGAACAGUCCUCAAAGCCAUGCUUCUGGUCGUCAAGGUCAUCGGAGAGGAGGGUGCAGGAGCGGGGUUGAUGAAGAAACUUUUGCGGGACGUUGGCAUUAACGGUGACACAUCCGUGGUCGGGCGAGCAAUCGGGACGCUCCUCGUUCAUGGUGGGCCCAAUUUGGGUGUCAAGAUGGAGGAUUUCAUGACAGAAUUGCAGACCGCCCAGGAUGCUCAGCGGAAAUGCCUUGCGCUCGCUAUUUUGGGUGAAAUCGGCCUUCGAAUGGGCGCCAGCUGUUCGCUGACCCCACAACUCUUCAUCACUCAUUUUAAUUCCAAGUCAGACAAGGUUCGCCUGGCUGCAGCUGCAGCACUCGGAAAUGCCGCGGCGGGCAAUGUGAAAGCAUACCUGCCUACCAUCCUUGGUGGAUUGAAAAAGAGCGACCCGCAGAGCUACUUGUUGCUUCACUCAGUGAAGGAAUUGCUACAACACCCUGAAAUCGUCAGACCUGAUCUAGCUCCAUCCGCAGUCAAACUCUGGCAGGCGCUUCUUCUGGUCUCUGAGCUGGAAGACAAUCGUGCUGUUGGCGCGGAGUGUGUCGGUCGAUUGGCCUUGAUUGAUCCUGUCGCCUAUAUCCCGCAUUUCCAGGAUCAUCUCUCCAGUUCAGACGCCAGCAUCCGCGGUGUUGUCAUCUCUGCCUUCCGUUACACACUCUCCGAUUCCAGAGAUACCUACAACGAUGUCCUCAGACCCAUCAUCGUCCCUCUCCUCGUCAAUAUGCUCAGCGACCCAGACCUGGGCAACCACCGUCUCGCCCUCACAACCUUGAACUCCGCCAUCCACAAUAAGAUGGGCAUCCUCCUUCCCCACCUGAACGAGCUUCUCCCCGCUGUCUUCGGCGACGCCAAGCUCAAGCCCGAGCUCAUCCGUGAAGUCCAAAUGGGCCCGUUCAAGCACCGCGUCGACGACGGCCUGGAACUCCGCAAGUCCGCCUACGAGACCCUCUACGCCUCCCUCGACACAACCUUCACCGUCCACCACAUCAGCGAGUUCUUCGACCGCAUCAUCGCCGGUAUUGAUGACGAGCAGGAUAUCCGCACCAUCUCCAACCUGAUGACCUCCAAGCUCAUCCACCUCGCCCCCGAGGAGACCCAGCGCCGCCUCGACACGCUCUCGGAGCACUACAGCGCCAUCUUGUCCUUCAAGCCCAAGGAGAACGCCGUCAAGCAGGAGCUCGAGAAGGCGCACGAGGCUUCGCUGGGUGUGCUCAAGAUCAGCCGUGAGCUGAGCAAGGCUUUCCCCAGUGCUGAGGCCUCCGGCGACCACCACAAGUGGAAGGCUUAUGUGGAGUGGAUUCGGAAGACCUUCCCCGCUCAGAUGAAGAGCCUGGAUGUCGAGGCUUGA